AGGACUGCACUCAGCAACGAUGACAAGAUGGCGUAUAUCAACGCCGUACAAUGCCUUGCGAGGACUCCGCCACAGGCCGGCCUUGCUGGAGCUCAGAACCUUUGGGACGAGAUCCAGUUUGCUCACAUUCGAAACCAAAACUUUAUUCAUGGUGUUGCGGCAUUUUUGCCAUGGCACCGAUAUUACAUCAAAGCCUUUGAGACUCUUGCCUCAAGACACUGCGGAUACAAUGCAGGCCUGCCAUACUGGGAUGAAGCCGCGGACGCCAAUAAUCUCGCCGGCUCUGCCGUCUGGGACAACACCUACGGCAUGGGCGGCAAUGGCGAGGGCAGCGACCAGUGCAUAACAAGUGGACCCUUCAAAAACUUUUCAAUGAUAUACAACGACACCUUCCAACCCGCCGAACCUUACUGCAUAUCUCGAUCUUUCAAUCAAGAAGAAUUCUCCGGCGCAAAGCAGUCCAACGUGGACGAGUGCUUCAAUGAAGGAAACUGGGCAAGUGCGAGCUCAUGCUACGAAAAUUGGGUGCAUCUCGCAGGUCACAACGGCGUUGGAAAAGUGAUGGCGAAUGCUUUGCUCGCGCCUGCCGAUCCUGUUUUCUUCCUCCACCACACCAACCUCGAUCGUCUCUGGUGGUCAUGGCAGCAAGCCGAUCUCGGCACUCGACUCACCGAGAUGGGCCGACCGAACACCCCAGGCGACGACUUCAACAGGCAGAAUGGAUGGCAAACCCCUGGCCCAGAAUUCACCCAAUACUGUGGUGACGAUGGUCCGACUACGACUUUGAAGCAUGUUCUGUUCAUGGCUGGAAUUGUUCCAAAUGCCACAAUUGCGGACGUAAUGGAUCUCCGCUCACCGGCCAUGUGUGUUGAGUACGUGUAA